UCUAAGAUAUUUUCGUAGAUGGAAUAAGUGUGACGUCACAGCAUAAUAGUAUUUCAUUGGCUGUCUACUGCGUCAGAGUUCCUUUCAGUGACCGCCUGGGCUGAGAUGGCGUCGACCAAGGUGAAAUCGCAACAACAGAACCCACGGGCUGACAGCUACCGCUAUGCUGUCACUCCAGGGGGAGAGGACCCCAAAAAGGGGAAAAAGAAGAAGUCCAAGAAGGAAAAUCUGGAUGAACUCAAACAAGAGUUGGAAAUGGAUGAACACAAAGUCCCCAUUGAAGAAUUAUACGCCAGGCUAGGCUCUGACCCCUCCAUGGGAUUAACAUCUCAAAGAGCCAAAGAAAUUCUGGAAAGAGAUGGCCCCAAUGCCCUGACUCCACCUCCAACAACCCCUGAAUGGGUCAAAUUCUGCAAACUUUUAUUUGGAGGUUUCUCAUUACUUCUGUGGAUUGGUGCCAUUCUCUGUUUUAUAGCUUACUCAAUUCAGGCCAGUGCCUAUGAUGAUCCACCAGGUGAUAACUUGUACUUGGGAAUAGUGUUGACAGCUGUCGUAUUAGUUACUGGAAUUUUCUCAUAUUACCAAGAAGCAAAAAGUUCAAAAAUUAUGGAAAGCUUCAAAAGCAUGGUUCCCCAGUUUGCUGUUGUUACAAGAAACGGAAAGAUUUCAAACAUCAAGGCUGAAGAAUUGGUUGUGGGUGAUGUCAUCGAUGUCAAAUUUGGAGACAGAGUGCCAGCUGACGUUCGUGUCAUCACAGCACAUGGUUUUAAGGUAGACAACUCUUCACUGACUGGAGAAUCAGAACCUCAGACCAGAACUGCUGAUUUCACUAACGAUAACCCUCUGGAAACCAGGAACAUUGCCUUUUUCUCAACCAAUGCUGUGGAAGGUACUUGCAGAGGUAUUGUUAUCAGAUGUGGUGACAACACUGUCAUGGGACGUAUUGCUAACUUGGCCUCUGGUUUGGAAGUCGGAGAAACCCCCAUUGCUAAGGAAAUUGCCCACUUUAUCCACAUUGUCACAGGUGUCGCCGUGUUUUUGGGAGUUACAUUUUUCAUCAUCGCUUUCAUCCUGGAGUACUUCUGGUUGGAUGCUGUCAUCUUCUUGAUUGGUAUCAUUGUCGCCAACGUACCAGAGGGUCUUUUGGCCACUGUCACUGUGUGUCUGACACUGACUGCCAAAAGAAUGGCAAAGAAGAACUGCUUGGUCAAGAACUUGGAAGCUGUAGAAACUCUUGGAUCCACCUCCACCAUCUGUUCUGAUAAGACUGGAACUUUGACACAGAAUAGAAUGACAGUCGCUCACAUGUGGUUUGAUGGGAAAAUCGUCGAGGCUGAUACCAGUGAUGACCAGACCAAUGCUGCAUACAGUGGUUCUGAUGAGACAUGGAUGGCCCUUGCCCGUGUUGCUAUGUUGUGUAACCGUGCUGAAUUCACUGCCAACCAAGAACACUUGCCUGUCUUGAAGAGAGAGUGCAAUGGUGACGCCUCCGAAUCUGCCCUUCUGAAAUGUGUUGAGUUGUCCAUUGGAAAAGUUACAGAAUUCAGAAACAAAAACAAGAAGAUCUGCGAAAUUCCAUUCAACUCAACCAACAAAUACCAGGUGUCCAUUCACGAAACAGAGAAUCCAAAUGAUGCUAGAUGUAUUCUUGUGAUGAAAGGAGCCCCUGAGAGAAUCCUGGAAAGAUGUUCAACCAUUCUGAUGCAUGGAAAGGAAGUUCCCAUGGAUGAUAACUUCAGGGAGGCUUUCAACAAUGCUUACAUGGAAUUGGGAGGUCUUGGAGAACGUGUGUUGGGAUUCUGUGACUACUUCUUGCCUUCUGACCAGUACCCACCAGGAUACCCCUAUGAUUCUGAUGAUGCCAAUUUUCCCCUAACUGGCCUCCGAUUUGUUGGUCUUAUGUCUAUGAUUGAUCCUCCAAGAGCUGCUGUCCCAGAUGCUGUCGGAAAAUGCAGAAGUGCUGGAAUCAAGGUUAUCAUGGUUACUGGUGAUCAUCCCAUCACAGCCAAGGCCAUCGCUAAAGGAGUCGGAAUCAUCUCUGAAGGAAGCAAAACCAUUGAAGAUAUUGCAGCUGAACGUGGAGUCCCAGUGGAGGAAAUCCAGGAUACCAGUGCUGCCAAGGCUGCUGUCAUCCACGGUAGUGACUUGAGAGACAUGACCCCAGCCCAGAUUGAUGAGGUCCUGAAGAACCAUUCCGAAAUUGUAUUUGCUCGUACUUCACCCCAGCAGAAACUGAUCAUUGUGGAGGGAUGCCAGCGACAGGGUGCCAUUGUAGCCGUAACUGGUGAUGGUGUCAACGACUCUCCUGCUUUGAAAAAGGCUGAUAUCGGUGUUGCUAUGGGUAUUGCUGGAUCUGAUGUGAGUAAACAGGCCGCUGACAUGAUCUUGUUGGACGACAAUUUUGCCUCCAUUGUCACAGGAGUAGAAGAAGGUCGUUUGAUCUUUGACAACUUGAAGAAAUCCAUUGCUUACACACUGACCUCCAACAUCCCCGAGAUCUCCCCAUUCUUGUUCUUCAUUCUGCUGGACAUCCCUCUGCCUCUCGGAACCAUCACUAUCUUGUGUAUUGACUUGGGAACUGACAUGGUACCAGCUAUUUCCAUGGCUUAUGAAGGUGCAGAGAGCGACAUCAUGAAGAGACAGCCUCGUGAUCCAUUCAAGGACAAACUCGUCAAUGAGAGAUUGAUCUCCAUGGCCUACGGACAGAUUGGUAUGAUUCAGGCUUCCUCAGGAUUCUUUGUCUACUUUGUCAUUAUGGGUGAAAAUGGUUUCUGGAUGACCCGUCUCUUGGGAAUUAGAGAACAGUGGGACUCUCAGGCUGUUAAUGAUUUACAAGACUCCUAUGGACAGGAAUGGACUUACAACCAGAGGAAGAUUUUGGAAUACACUUGCCACACCGCUUUCUUUGUGUCAAUUGUGGUUGUACAGUGGGCCGAUUUAAUCAUCUGUAAGACUAGACGUCUGUCACUCUUCCACCAGGGAAUGAAAAAUCAUCACAUGACCUUCGGUCUGUUCUUUGAGACUGCCUUGGCUGCUUUCUUGACUUAUUGUCCAGGAUUGGAGCAGGGUCUUCGUAUGCAGAAUCUCAGAUGGUCAUGGUGGUUCCCAGCUUUCCCAUUCAGCAUAGCUAUCUUUAUCUAUGAUGAAUCCCGAAAAUACAUUCUUAGACGCAAUCCAGGUGGUUUUGUGGAACGUGAAACAUACUAUUAAAUAGGUGCAAAUACAGACUAAUUCAAUAGAUACAUUUGUGUUUGUAGAGAAUGUGAACAGAUUUACAUGAAGUUUUUAAAUCAACAUUUAUGAAAUAUGUUCAAGAAACAGACUGUAUAUAUAACAUCGUAUGUACACACAUAUUUGGCAUUGUUUAUAGACAUUUUGGUAUCCCGAUCCUACUUGAAUCUGUUUCUUGGGUGAUUUUAUAAGUGCUGGUGUAUGUGGUUGUUGUUAACAUGAACUUUGUUCAAUAAGCAAAUUGGUUUUUUUUUUUUUAAAUAUUGCUGUUUUACUUGUUAACAUGUCAUUCUUUAAGAUCACACUUGUACACUGAGGCUAAACUAAGAGUUCACAAGUUUUUAUCACCGUAGGUAGUACUGUUAAACCAUUUGUCAUGUACAAAAAAGAAUGAUACUUAAUGUUUUAUUGAGACAAUAUAUUCUAUAUUUUUAUUUUCGCUCAUUAAUUUUUAAUUUUAUACAUGAGUGUUUUUAUUAAAACCAAAAAUUGUGAUCUUUUAUUCAGAUUGUUCACUCUCAUUUGUAAUAAGUUGAGAACCAAAAUUUGCACUUUCUAUCCUAUUCUUUUUUGUUUAAUAAUUAUCUUCUGUAAUCAUUCAGAAAAUCAAGCAAUAGCAUCAAGUUCAGUGUACAGAUCUGAGUGGAUGUGGUUUUUGUACAUAAUAUUGCACAUAUCGUAACCAGGAAAAACUUUAAACUAAGAAAAAUAGUCAAAAUUGAUAUGCUUAAAGAAGCAGGUUAUUGCCAGUAAAAUGAAAGGUAUUUAACUCGUUUAAAAUCAGUAAGAUAUCCAAUUAUUGAAAUAUGGGAUUAUAUAUAAACUGUAUUCUGAUUAUUGUAAUAUAUACUACCAAAUAAGCUUUGUGUUUAAGGGUUAAGGAAAUGAAAGAACAUUCCAAAUAUUGCAUACAACACCUAGAUGUAUAGUUUGGUACUGUGUAAUCACAAGGCAAAAAUCAACUGUGAAAGAGAUGCAAUAUUGUAGACUAGAUGUUUUAUUCUUAUCUAGAAAUAGAAAAUUCAUUUGAAUUCAAAAGUAGAGUAGAUUUCUUGUUCUAAAUUUCAUUUCUACCUUUUCAUAGCACUGAAUCUCAAAUCCCCCCAAAAAGAUGUGCAACAGUAAUCGCCUAGCAUUUUUUUCUUGUUCGCUUUGUUUGUCAUUUCAUAUACAGAGAAUAGUGAUGCAAAAGUCAGGAGUUCUGAUAAUGUGGGUAGCUAUUUUAAUUUUAUGUAGAACUACUGAGCUUUUGUCACAGUGCUAGCGAACCAGCUACAGCUUGUAGUAGAGUCGCUGUAAAGCCUCACACAUAGCGACCCUCCUCAUAGCUGUAGUGGUGCUGCCUUACAAAGGAAGAUUUUUUCUUUAAAUAAUGUAUCUUUGCUGCAUGUGUUUAGCACAAACCUUGUUUACUGGUUUAUAUAGAACAUUUUUGUCCAUUCAGGUGGAGUCUUGUCUUUCAUUUUUAUAGAACAUGAAUUUCACCUGCCAAUUGUUUGUAGAGGAAUAACACAAUUUUCAAUAAACCUUUUAGAGACUUG